AUGUCCAAUCCGCCACCCCAGCGAUUCGAGACUCUGCAGCUCCAUGCGGGCCACGAGCCGGACUCCGCGACCAAUUCUCGAGCGGUCCCAAUCUAUGCCACCACCUCCUACACCUUCAAUGACUCGGCACAUGGCGCCAGGCUGUUUGGCCUCAAGGAAUUUGGCAACAUUUACAGUCGGAUUAUGAACCCGACUGUCGAUGUUUUUGAAAAGCGUAUCGCGGCUCUUGAAGGAGGUGUUGCGGCUGUUGCUGCAUCCUCAGGCCAGGCCGCUCAAUUCAUGGCCAUCUCUGCUUUGGCCCAUGCUGGAGACAACAUUGUCUCCACUAGUAAUCUUUACGGUGGCACAUACAAUCAAUUCAAGGUCCUUUUACCGCGCCUGGGAAUCACCACCAAGUUCGUGCGGGGCGACAAGCCCGAUGACAUUGCCGCAGCCAUUGACGACCGCACCAAGGCUGUCUACGUUGAGACCAUUGGAAACCCACGUUACAACGUCCCUGACUUUGAGGCCAUUGCAAAAGUCGCCCACGGAAAAGGCGUGCCUCUGGUGGUGGACAACACCUUUGGUGCUGGCGGAUACUUUGUCCGUCCUAUUGAACACGGCGCCGAUAUUGUCGUUCACAGCGCCACCAAGUGGAUUGGAGGCCACGGUACAACCAUUGGCGGUGUUGUCAUCGACAGCGGCAAGUUUGACUGGGGAAAGAAUGCAGCACGCUUCCCACAGUUCACCCAGCCUUCCGAGGGCUACCAUGGCCUCAACUUCUGGGAAACCUUUGGCCCCAUUGCAUUUGCUAUCCGUGUCCGUGUCGAGAUCCUCCGCGACCUUGGCUCCGCCCUGAACCCGUUUGCCGCGCAGCAGCUCAUCCUGGGCUUGGAGACCCUGAGCCUCCGCGCCGAGCGCCACGCUAGCAACGCCGUCGCUCUGGCAAACUGGCUCAAGAAGAACGAAAACGUCAGCUGGGUGUCCUAUCCCGGUCUCGAAGAGCACCCCAGCCACGAAACUGCCAAGCGGUACCUAACGCGUGGCUUCGGUGGCGUCCUAUCCUUUGGUGUCAAGGGUGGCGCAGCCGUUGGCAGCCAGGUGGUCGACAACUUCAAGCUGAUUUCCAACCUCGCAAACGUCGGCGACUCGAAAACUCUCGCAAUUCACCCCUGGACCACAACACAUGAGCAACUGAGCGAGCAGGAACGUCUCGACUCUGGUGUGACCGAGGAUGGUAUCCGCAUCUCCGUCGGCACUGAGCACAUUGAUGACAUUAUUGCCGACUUUGAACAAUCUUUCGACACUUCGUUCAAGGUGGUCAGAAGUGUUUAG